AUGCACUCCAGUGGCUAUAUCACUGUACAGUGUCGCCAGGAAUCAGAAUUUCGGGAAAUAACUCUACAAAAUACAUUUGUAAUGAAUGUUAGAAGUGGGCUUGAAAAGAAAAGGGGAGUAAUUAAAUAUACAAAACUGAAGGUGGCAGCAUGCCGCAGCCAGGAGACUCCACCUGGCCCUCCUGGACCAACUGAAGGGCCACAACCAACUGGUCCACCAGGCCCACCAACUGGAGGUCCUGAACCAACAGGUCCACCUACUGGGGGUCCUCAACCAACUGGACCACCAGGCACCCCUACUGGAGGUCCUGAACCAACUGGAGGACCCCAGCCAACUGGUGAACCUCAGCCUACUGGCCCACCAGGGCCACCCUCUGGGGGACUUUGA